GUGCGGACAGUGCGGUAGUGCGCAUGCGCGUAAUGCACACGCAAGUUUCAAGCUUUGUUUGGAAAGUGACGACCAAAACAGCGCAGUAUACGACUCUGAACCCGAGGCGUCACGACCAAGACAGUUUCCCAAUCUAAUUUAGUACACUUGGUUACAUACUUUUGAACAAAGUGUUAACAUAAUACGAUCAAGAUGACAGUGACUUUGUUUUUAUUAACAAGUAGGUAGCGAAUGCCGAUCAUGACCGAAGUGUCAGAUUGUUUGGGCACAAAGCAGCGGAGGGGAAGCGAUAUUCGGGUCCAGUUGUCCUGUGUCCUGCUCACACGGAUCACUCACACCCUGACCUCUCUCACCUGUGGAUUUACUGAGCGGUUUUAAAGUCUAUACGCGAUGGAAAUCGUUGGAAAAUUCGAGUUCAACAGGAAGGACUUGAUAGGACACGGCGCUUUUGCUGUGGUGUUCAAAGGAAGACAUAAACAGAAACAUGAUUUUGAAGUGGCGGUGAAAUGCAUUAACAAGAAAAACCUCGCCAAAUCACAGUCCCUCCUAGGAAAAGAAAUAAGGAUAUUAAAGGAGCUGAAACAUGAGAACAUUGUCAGUUUGUUGGACUUUCAGGAGAUAUCGGGAUGUGUCUAUCUUGUCAUGGAGUACUGCAAUGGAGGAGACUUGGCCGAGUAUUUACACUCUAAAGGCUCUCUGAGCGAGGACACGAUCCGUGUGUUGCUGCAGCAGUUAGCGGGAGCCAUGAGUGUUUUAAGGAGUAAAGGCAUCAUCCAUCGUGACCUGAAGCCCCAAAAUAUUCUUCUUUCAUACAGCACUGGGCGCAGGUCCAACCCCAACAACAUCUGCAUCAAGCUGGCUGAUUUUGGCUUUGCACGGUAUCUGCAGGGAAACACGAUGGCUGCUACACUCUGUGGCUCUCCAAUGUACAUGGCUCCUGAGGUCAUCACGUCUCAGAAUUAUGAUGCCAAAGCUGACCUGUGGAGUGUAGGGACCAUCAUCUACCAGUGCUUGACUGGCAAAGCCCCAUUUCAGGCGAGCACUCCUCAGGAACUGCGGCAGUUCUAUGAAAGAAACCGGAGCCUGAGUCCCAGUAUUCCACGGGAAACCUCCAGUCACCUCAGGCAUCUUCUACUUGGGUUGCUGCAGAGGAACCACGGGGAACGCAUGGACUUCGAUGAAUUUUUCCACCAUCCUUUCCUGGAGGCUAGUACAUCCAUGAAGAAAUCCUCUCCAGUGCCCAUGCCCACCUAUCCCAGCUCUGCCUCCAGGAGCUCCAGCAGCGGUUCCUCAACCUCUCGCCUCACUCCAACUCAGUCUGAAACUGAAGCUCCGAGGCCCCUCCCUCAAACAAACCCCACACCAUCUCCAGGUUCCCUGCUGAAAGACUCAUCUUCCUCAGACUCUGAUGACUUUGUAAUGGUGCCGGCUCAGUUCACCAGUGAACUAGUCAGUGCAGGAGGGCAGGACAGUCUGAUGCGCAGCGGAAGCUCACUGAUGUGUGUGGGUCGAACACCAUCAUCCUCCCCAUCUGUCAGAGCCACCCCAAGCCCUUCCAGGCCUCUGGAGUCAUGUGCCAGUAGUUAUGCUCAGUCCGUGCCUGUUCCAGUGCCGACACAAAAGCACAACUACCAGAGGAUGGAGCAGAACCUACAAGUGUCUGACAGGACAGCAGCACCUGUACAACACAGCUGCUCAAAUGGGGUUCCAAGAUGUGGGAGAAUCGGGUGUUCUCCAGAAUCAGGAGGAUUCAGACCAUAUUUACCCUCCCCACAGGUGGGAAAUGUUCCUGAAACACCCAAUCAGCCUGAAUCUGUUGGCAGCAGGACAGGGUUGCAUACCGCAGCCAUUGACAAAAACCUCACUCACAGACUCAGGGGUCAUCGGCACAAUCCAGAAUCUGUUGUCCACAGAUGGGAUUUGUGUCGGCGACCUAUCUCUGGUCAAACUCCAAGUACAGCGCUGGUUCAGAGAGGCCUGAUCACCCGAAACAAGACCAUGUCUGACCUGAAAAAUCUGGCACAGUUCCCGGCUACAGGGCCCCGCGUGCCACUUCUCAGGCCAGCGGAAAGAAGGGACACCGUCAAAAGGUCAUUAAGUACCGGGCGUCUCUCAGAUAAGCUGCUGAAGGCUGUAUUUGGACAUCAGUUUGACAGUGGCAGCUGUGAGAGCUUAAAUUCAGAGAAACCCAUGGACACAACAGCACCCCCUGGUGUCAGUGAUGGCACAGAGCCGGGCUCAAGCAGUCCUGCUGGAGUUGUGUUCAUGCUGGGCUCUCCUGAAUAUGGACACACACCUCCUCACGCCACUCGACCUAGACGCUUCUCAGUGGGCACUCCCAGCCCAACAAGCCCUGGCUGGACCAACGGUCAUUUGCACGAGGCUUACAGCUCGCCUGAUAGUCUGCGAUAUGGUUACACAGAUGCCACGGCAACAAACCGAUGUGAGGGUGUGACCUUUGUGCCACCUGAACUGCCAGAAGAGACGCUCAUGGAGGAGGGGCAUACAGACUUGCUGAGCCAACUACGCUUCAUUUUAGCCUUUGCCCACUGCAUCACAGAGGUCGCUGGAACAAAGGACAGUGGGAUUGAAAGAAAUAUGACACUUGAUGCUUCAUUCUUAGAGCAGAGCGUGGUGGCCGACCAAAUCAGCCUGCUGAGCCAUGAGUGGAGCUCUGCAGAGCAGCUGGUCCUGUAUAUGAAGUGUGCUGAGCUGCUGUCCUCUGCACUUCACACAGCGAUGGCUGGGAUCAAAGAAGGCAAACUCUACCCAUCAGGAUCUGUUAAACAAGUAGUACGUAAGCUGAACGAGAUGUAUAAGAAGAGUGUGAACUCCUGCCGUUCUCUCACUGAGAAACUCCAGCUCUUCUUCAGCAGCAAACAAAGACUGAUGGACCGCAUCAACAGCAUUACUGCUGAGAGACUCAUCUACACACACACCAUUCAGACGGUACAGACGGCAGCACUGGAUGAGAUGUUUCAUUGUGGAGAAACCUCUGUAGAACGAUACCAUAAGGCCUUACUGCUGAUGGAGGGUCUGUCCUUAUUUAUUACAGAGACUGCAGAUCUAAACAAUAUCAACAAAUGUAAACAGUGUAUUGAGCGACGGCUCUCCUCCCUCCAGCCCAAAGGAUGUGUGUGAUGAACCCUCAUUGUUUUUGCUCUGCAUCAAACCCACAACAUCUACAUCUCAUUUCAUCCCAGUUGCCAUUUGAAAUUCUGUAAAAGGAAAAAUUCACACUCACCCACUCAUUAAAAAUGUGAUACUUGGCUUCCAAAGACAAAAAAGGUGAGAAAAGACUUUUUCAUAAUAGACAGAGAUGAAAUAUCUAUUGAUAUAUGUAUAUAUAAACAAAAGCAACAUCUGCAAACAUCUAUUUUGUUCAUUGUAAAAGAAUAUUGAGUGAAUCAAGUUGCAUCAUUGGUUGAAUAGAUGUCAUGUUUAAAUGCUUUGACUUUCGAAUUUACACCAAUGAGUGAUGGCACUUCCUCAGAGAUUAAUUUAAUCUUAGUACUACAAUGUUAAAGCCAGUGUUGGAGUCUGAAUGAGUAACAGCUUGGAUGCUUUUCAUUCUAUCAUACUAAAACAUGCCUGUAGCAUUAGUCUCAUGAAGUUACAAGGAAUGAUCCUGUUUUUGAUGACUUAUUCUGCAUGUUUUUGCAUGAUUCUGAGGAAAUUAUGGUUAUCUGCUGUAUCUGAAGGGAAUUAAUUCUAAUAAUGACUAAUAAUUAAACCUCUGUGGCCACCAAACCAUUGUUGAAAUAGCAGCCGGUGGUGGAUGUGUAGUAUUCAGUGUUACAUCUGUAAGGCUCUAAUGUGGCAAUUGACCAAAACUGUGGCAAACCUUUGUAGACCUACUGAUAAAGACUGUCAUUUUCAUAUGUUGUCAUAUGAGGUUGGGAAAAAAUACUUGAGAUUUGUAUUAUAUUGACAAUCGUGUGUGUAAAACAGUGAUGCACUUUAUAAACACAUUUGCCUUCUGGAUGCCUAAAAAGAACCACUGCAGAGACAAGCCUAAUGGCUCAUUUUGGGUUAAUUAACACCUGAAAGUCAAAGGAAAUGCAAUACAAAGACAGUCAAUAUCUUGUGUGUAGCAUUUUAUAUUUAUCUGUUUUAGCUGUCUGUCUGAAAGUGGUGUUUUAGUUUUCAGUUUGCUUUAGAAUCUAUUGCAAGUAAAGGACUUUUGCACAGUUUGCUGGGAUGACUAGGUCUCUAGUUUUUGUAGUGAUUUGAUAGUGCCUUAAAUGACCUAGCUGGUUUAAUCUUACUGGACACCUUUUGAGACUUACAAUCUGUUAUACUUCCAGCAUUUCAUAUCAUAUUCAUUCAUUACUUGCACUAUUGUUGCAUUUUCCAAUGGCGAUAACUCUAAAGGUGAUUUUUGACUAAGGCAUUUAGUCAGAAUUGUGUGGUAAAAUGAUUGUGAUGAAUGCAUACAAACAUUUUUUUAAAUAACCGUGAUGUUAAAUUGAGGACAAUUAACAAUUUUGUAUAUGUCGUUACAGUAUUUAUGAUGUGUUUUCUGGUAUUUUUGUCUUUUUAUUUCCAUUCGCAAAGCCAAAAUGAAAAAUAUGUGCAGAAUGCAUGUGGUAUGGGUGUGUGUAAUUGAAUAAAUUUCACUUUUAUAUUUA